UCCGUCCGCCCGCUUCAAUUUCUAUAGCAAUCUAGGCGGGGCUCGGUUUUCAUCCAGGAGGUACCACUGUUAAAAUAAUCCGCAAUGGCGUCCCAACUUCUCCCUCUAGAGUUGAUCGACAAGUGUGUCGGAUCCAGAAUAUGGGUCAUCAUGAAGAAUGACAAAGAAUUCGCCGGAACGUUGCUGGGAUUCGACGACUACGUCAAUAUGGUGUUGGAAGAUGUGACCGAGUUUGAUUACGCCGGCGGUCAGGUGAAGCUUCCCAAGAUCUUGUUGAAUGGAAACAAUGUCUGCAUGUUGAUCCCCGGUGGUGAGGGGCCAGUCGGUAGCGCUUAGGUCAUGAUAUCCACGAUUCUUCCUUGCUAUGUCAAAAACUUUUGAGAAUGAACUUUGAUGAUAUCACAUAGAAAACAAUGUAAUGGCGCAGUUUCAAUUUUUACGUUCAAUUUCUUUUCUCGUGCUCCAAUGUCACUGGGUCACAUCGGGGGUUGUCCUUGCUCUGAUGCUGUAAACAGCUAGGAUUACCUCAAACAGGGCGAAAAAGAACUACUGAUCGAUGUUCUUGAUAUACUGGUCACCCGUCUCCCGGGGUUAGGGACUUUCGCUUGAUCAAAAGACAGUCCCGGAUGAAAGAAUCAGAGGCAUGGGAAAGCAGUAUGGAACUAUUGAUACUUGUUGGAUAUGUUCCUGCAAAAUAGGAAGUGAGCAACGCCCCUAAUAAUAGCUCUCAAUCCGGG